AUGGAGGAGAUGAUGAUGAGCAAGAAACAAACUUGGGGAACAAGCUCAAAUGCUUUGGCCGUUCACAGAGACUCGCAAACAAUAUCAAAACCAAAACCCAAAAUCAGAAUCAUCCACAUAUUUGCACCCGAGAUCAUCAAGACCGACGUGGCCAAUUUCCGGGAACUAGUCCAGAGACUCACCGGAAAGCCAUCCGACAACGGUUGUAGCAACAAGAAGAAGAGGGCGCAAGGAGUUUCACGAAGAGCGUCGGAAGCUCAUCAUCAGAGAAGUGCAUUCAUGGCCGAGGCCAAGAAAAUGGAGCUGCUGAGAAGUAACGGAGGCGGUUCCGGGUUCCGGGGUUUCGAGCAGCUUCAGAGAUCGGAGAGAGUGAUCAAGGAAGAAGAGAUGAUGUGGAAUGCAGAGAAGUCAGGUGGGUUUUUGGAGAGGUUUGCAGAUUUGGAAGGGUUUAUCCAAGAGCUUGGUGAAUAUCCUAUGCUGCCCAAUUUGGAGUCUGCUUCUGCUGCUCCAAAUUCUCACUUGCUGCAUGGUUUUGAAGGCACCCAACUUGUUUAG